AUGGAGGAUUUGGAAGUUAAGAUGGAGGGCAGUGAACCCCAGCAGACAGUUAGGACACCAGAACCGGGUCUUCAAGACGUUUUCGACCGCAUAAAGACCCAAUUUCCCACCUGCAAAGUAAAGAAAAUAAUGCAAACAGAUGAAGACAUCGGCAAAGUCUCGCAAGCAACCCCAGUCAUUGCAGGAAGGUCUCUUGAGUUUUUCAUAGCACUUUUGGUGAAGAGAAGCAGUGAAGUGGCCCGUCAGCUCGGUUGCAAGCGUAUUAGCGGAGAAGUGAUGAAAGAAACGAUCCUGACCGAUGAGAAGUUCGAUUUUCUACGAGAAAACGUGUGUGGAGAGGCAGCAGACCAUGGUCAAGAGGACCAAGAACAGGAUUCACCUCAGGAAGACUAA